AUUUACUGUAAAAUAAACCUGCAUUCAGCGGUCACCUCUGUUUAGCGGACGCGGACACCGAUAUUAAGCCAUUUUGGUGCACAAAACCUACAAUGAGCGGACACUUCAAAGGCAUCAGUUUUACCUCUAAAAGUUCACCUGAGACUCCUUUAACAUUGUUCAGCGAUGUCGUUUUAAAGCUAAGUAAUUAUUCCAGAUUGAUGCAUUGACUGACUGGAAAUUGUGCUAUGAGCAUGUCUUUGAUCUCACCUCUGAUCUCACACUAUGUUACAAAAGGUUUAAUAAUUAACUGUUGUUGCACAACAUGUUAGAACCUGUUUUGAGCGGGCAGACACUAAUGAGGGUCUAAAGGGUGUCCGCUUAAUACAGUUUUCACUGUAUAGCAGUUUUGGCUUUGUCAGGUAACUAACUCUAGUUGCACUACAAAUACAAUCCAACAAACGUCGGUAUAGGACUUGUUGGUAUUACUGAGUAAAACAACACAUAGUGUCAUUAAAUGUUCUAUUUAUUCUGGGUUGUAACAAAACAAAAGACGCUAUCACGGCUUCUUCAGCUGUCGUGUAUCUAGCUAUGAAACUUUCAGUUUCAACUACGCCACUACUACGUCACUCUAGGUCAAGAUAAAAGAUAUCGUGAUGGCGUCAACUCUAUCGUUAUCUUUCUGCUUCUUAACUAUGCUACACUAGUUGUUCUGCAGGGAAUUACUUCCCAUAUUUUACCCUUUAUCUCAUCCCCCCCCCCCCCCCCCUAUAUUUUACCCUUUCUCUAAUAACGGCUUAUACCGUUGAAAUAUAACUAUAGUCAGGUAUGACUAUGGUGACCAUUUAUAACUCGCCUACCAUCAUGCGAUGAUAGCUAGCUAAAGGCCGCUAAUGUUCAAUUCACAGUCAAUUUUUUUUCCUCCCCACCUUCUAAAUAAAGACCAAACAUUCGCAAUAGGCCAUUUUCUCCAGGCCGGUACCUCUUCCCAAAACAUUCUUGAGAUCUAUCAACUGGUGCCUUUCCCGCCAAAAUGAGGCGCGCGGAUCACGUGUCGUAAUUGAUCACUGAAGCAUGAAUUCUUAGCACCCAACAUAAUACAGGAAGUCGUCUGCUGAACUCCUCGCGCGCGAGGGACAUAUUUACAUGUAACGCUAUGCGAGUUCAUGUCUACUCCACCGUAAACCAACAAGGACAUCACUAGCAAUGGCCGACAACGAGAAAUCGAGUCCACUGCGGCUCCUUGUAGCGCUUGCUAUCGUGCUCUUGGUCGUGUAUUGCGUAUCAUUAAGCGUAUUCUUGGUUUAUUUGAUGCGAGAUUACAGUCUGUUGAAAGAGGACGUCAAAGAUUUACGCGGACGAAUUGUUUCGUUGGAGGCAGAUAGAGUUGCAGCUGGGGCGACACCGACAGUAUCGCCCUCGGGUGAAAGGAAACGACGUGAAAACAAAGAAUCAAACCAUCAGCAGAUAAAGAUUGAUGAUGUCAAGAACAUAUUCUCUGGAAGAAUCAGACGAAAUUCUCAGUCUGGUAGCGCCUGUACCACAGUGUGUCCAAGGGGACGGACCGGAUCUCCCGGGCCGCGGGGACCGCCGGGGCCUGAAGGUCCAAAGGGAAGAAGAGGUCGAAAAGGAAAUCCAGGUACCACUGGUCAAAAAGGGGACGCGGGUCCGCCGGGUACCGCGGGGCCUCCCGGGCCAGAUGGUCCCGCGGGAACUCCGGGUGCACCUGGCUUAAUGGGAGAACCCGGAUUAAAAGGAGAACGCGGACCGCCAGGCCCGAUGGCAAGAGAAAGCGCUCAUUUGGUGGGCAACGGGAAAAGAGUGGUUCAUGCUGGCACUGUACAUCGAUGGAGCGAAAGCCAUGUUAAUGGAAGCAUCCUUUUCAGAAGGCACGUGGGUGAACUUGUGAUCGGUCGUUCUGGAAUGUACUAUGUUUACAGCCAGAUGUAUUAUCACGACUGCAGUAGCUAUUCCAUGAACCACUACACUUUGCUAAACGGUAACAAGAUUCUUGGCAGCAUCUCCAGCGUGGCGGGAUGUAAUAAACACUACUACACGAAUUACCAGGGAGGCCUGUUUCAUCUGAAUCGAGGCGACAUUCUCAAGGUUGAAGUUUACCGGAGCAAGCCCUCGGCUGGUGUGACCGUUUUUUCCGAGAAACUCACAAAAUAUACAUGUUUACUGAAGCGUGAGACAAUAAUAAAUCAAACAGUUCUAAGAAUUGGCGCGCUAGGAUCAAAACAACUUCUGCACUUCGCGACUUCGCGUCAAACACAUCCGGCAGACAUGGAGAAACGCGAUCACUCGCGUGCUCGCAGCAACUUGAUCUCGUUUGUGGUUCUCGUGGCCGCAAUUUACGUCAUACUCGUCACAGUUUUUAUAGCGACUCUGUAUCGUUUCACGGUGAAGCAGUCGGCUAGAAUUCAAACUCUGGAAACGAUCGCAGACGAUCUUGCAGCGCGUGUUUACAAGCUGGAGACCAGGUUCACAGCUCAGGGGACGCAAGAGAGUGAAGAGGGUGGGACUAAUCAAGAACGACAGGAAAGGACAGAAAAACGUCUAAAAAACAAGCAGAUGCACCCGUAUCCGCCCCAAACACGAAAUAAGCGGCAGUUCCAAGGUUUCAAGCUGCAAACUGAAGAUAUCCGAUGCAAAAGAGGUUGCAAAGGUAAAAAAGGGGAAAAGGGCGACCAGGGCACUACUGGUAAUCCAGGACCUCCCGGCCCAAUUGGACCGCCAGGACUUCGCGGUGAAACUGGGCCGAGUGGCGCCGAAGGAAAAGAAGGUAAACAAGGCCCUGUUGGUCCCCAGGGUCCUCAGGGGGUUAAGGGAGACGAAGGCGAAAUGGGACCGAAAGGAACUAUGGGACUUCCAGGGCCGCAAGGUUUGCCAGGACCGCCUGGCCCAGCUGGUGCACUCAUAAGCGAGAGCAUCCACUUGGUGGGAAAAGGCCAUGAAAUAGAACAAGCUCAUCACCACCUCAUCACCAACUGGAAAAUGAGUCACAAGGUUGGCAGCAUCUUGUACCAUGAGCCCACAGGCACCGUGGAAAUCAAAAGACAAGGAUAUUAUUUCAUAUACAGCCAAAUGUAUUAUUACGACGGUGAAACACAUCAGAUGGCUCAUAACACUUACAUCAACGACAAAAAGGUCAUGGAGAGCUUAUCAAGCGUGAUUAGCGAAACGAAAAAGUAUAACACUAAGUAUCAUGGCGGAGUGUUUAUGCUUCGAGUUAACGACACCAUCUCUGUUCGUGUUCCGUACACGAGUCGCUACAAUAUGGACAGCUUGAAAAGCUUCUUUGGUGCAUUUUUGAUUCACCCGACUGAUGAUUAACAGGCCAUUUCUGAGUUACCUUGUACUAGUUCCACCUCUGUUUUAAAACGAGUCUAAGUGCAUAACCCUGGGGUGGAUCUAAGGGGAUUCGGG